UCUUACACUGCCAAAUUAGGGACGGCUAGCGCAGACAGCCCUCGUGUAGCUUUGCGUGAAAUGCAAAACAAACAAACAAGUAGACAAGUGAAAAAUAAGCGGAAAUCAAUGCAAUGAAUUUUCCUAUGUCUUUAACUCUAAGUUUAGAAUAUCUGUUUAUUCAGUCCGACAAUGAGCACACUCACUGAACAAAAAUUAAAUAAGUAAAAUGCUAUCCAUCUUAAAAGUACAAACACUAUCUAAUAACGCACUUACGCAGAUCUAAAAAGAUGUCUGGCAUAUUGCCUAGCAAGUUGACUGACAGACAAGAAAAAAAUCUGUAUUUCCUAUGAUUAAAUAACUUAGUCAUUCCGUUAUUAAUCUCACUGAUUUGAUAAGGUACCUGGCUCUGCUACGUAUGUAAAUUAAGUGUUGUGAAACAUCCAGGUGAAACUUAAUUAACACAAGUGCUGUAUCAAAUAGGUCUGCUAAAUAACAGAAGAUUCGUUCAAAGUAUCUAUUAUGGAGUAAUACUAAAACUUUUAUUAAUUAAAUUGAUGUAAAAUGAAAUAACGAGAUUGGAUACGAAGUAUAAAUCAAAUUACACAAUCUUUAUUCUAGACUAAACAAGAAACACAAUGUUUGUACUUAUUUAAAUAUUAAACACGAAGGACCAUCGCUCUAUGUGGAUAUUUUCAUUUGUUAACUUUCAUGAUUAUUUUCAGGUUAUACUCACCCAAGAUGAUGUUUUAGACAGACUGACCAAUUAUAACAUUUCUGAGCACACAAUAAACCUAAGAUUUACCUAAAGCAACCAGGGCUACGCACGUGACUGGUCGUUUUAAUCCCAACAUAGAUGAGAUCAUCACCUCUAGAUAUCACUUGAACAACUGUUGAAGGACACUGAAGUCGACAUAUAUAAUCAACGCUCAUUGUUGUGCAAUAUCCUUCCUGGGUAUAACAGGCAUUAUCCACUUCAAGAACAACACAGGAACAAAGCAUCAGGAGUAGCCACAUGAAGCAUUGUUGAGUAAAUAGCCUCAAACCUCUCCCUCUUGAGCAUUUGAUGUCACCUUUUGAUGGGUAAAUCGGGAUUUUCGGCCGGACGCUGGUAGUGCCCGCUUGGGUUUAAGGAGUUAAACCACCAUUCUGAUGUUUUAUUAUAAUCCUUGGCAUGAACUAAACAUGAAAUGGCAGUUUGCAUAAAAAGUAUUAGAUCCUUUUCACAGGCUAUUAGAAAAUCACUUCAUCUGGGGAUCAGAGAGAAUACAAAACUAAAGAAUUGGGGACUGAAGCAUGAAAAAACAUUACUGCAGUCAAUAAGUAAUAAAAAAACAAAAUUUUAUAAACUUGCUGUCAUUGGAUCAGGCAGUUGGGCAUCUGCCAUUGCUCGAAUUGUGGGACACAAUGCUAGGCAUAAUGACCUGUUUGAUGAAACUGUUAUGAUGUAUGUAAGACAAAGAAUUUUUAAAGGAGAAAAACUUACUGAUAUUAUAAACAGUCAACAUGAAAACCCUUGUUAUCUUCCUGGUUUUAAACUACCUGACAACAUUUUUGCAGUUUCAGAUGUUGUUGAGGCUGCAAGAAAUAGUGACAUUAUAAUUUUUGUCAUGCCUCACAAAUUUGUUAAACAGACUUGUACUCCAUUGAUUGGCCAAAUUAAACCCUAUUCUAUUGGUGUGUCUCUCAUCAAAAGUUUUGAUGUUGAUGAUUCUGGUGAAAUAAGACUAGUAUCUGAUUGGCUGAGGAAGAACCUUAAUAUUGAUGUCAGUGUUCUUAUGGGUGCCAACAUUGCACAUGAAGUUGCAGCUGAAUUUCUUUGUGAAGCCACUCUUGGCACUUAUGAUGAACAAGUUGGAAAUAUUUUAAAACAGUUAUUUGAAACAGAUUAUUUCAAAGUGACUAUGAGUACUGAUUUAUCGACCAUAGAACUGUGUGGAGCUUUGAAGAACAUAGUAGCCCUUGCAUCGGGUUGUGUUGAUGGUCUUGGUUAUGGGAAUAAUACGAAGGCUGCCGUGAUUCGCCUUGGAUUGACUGAAAUGAUCAAAUUUGCCCAGUGGUUUUAUCCAAAGGCAAAACUAGAGACUUUUUUCCAGAGUUGUGGGGUUGCUGAUCUGUUAACAACAUGUUAUGGUGGUCGAAACCGGAGGCUGGCUGAAGCUUUUGUCAGGACUAGACAAAAACUGAAUGAAUUAGAAGCAGAAAUGCUUGAAGGACAAAAACUCCAGGGCCCUGAGACUGCAGAUGCAGUGCAUAGGGUUUUGAAAAAACAAAAUCUUGAAGAACAUUUUCCUCUUUUUGUUGUUGUGAAUAAAAUAUUUACAGGACAGCUACCUCCAACAGAGCUAAUAACAUGUGUUCGACAUCAUCCACAGUUCCGAAAUCUGGUUUAGAUACAGAUCAUGUAAUGUAUGUAUGUCAGAUUAUUAUUUUCUUGUUUGUAAGAAUUUGAGUUUGGAAUAUGUUUGGGUACCACUAUGUGACUGAACAUCUGGUCAGACUCAGGUUACAAGUUUAUUUUUCCCUGAGAAAGCUCUUGACAGUGGUAGUUUUUAUUAAAUGGUUUGGUGGUAGGUAUAGCUUUCAGCUAUUUUUAACUAUAUAUAUAUAAAUAAAUAGAAAAUUAGUACUUAAACGGUUAAGCAAAAAUUAACAUCAAAAGUAAGGACUGCAUUAAAAACAGCAAAUUCAAACCUUUUUUUUUCUUUGGAGAGCAGUCACCUUCCCACAACUUUCUACAGGCAAUGAUGGAUGAUAUAGAUGUGGGAUAUUGUGAGCUUGGGCACCCACAUAUCUUACUCUUCUAACUUAUAUUUUUUUGAUGAUUUUAUUUGAUUAAUAUAUAUAUAUGUAUAUUUUUUCUUCAACGUGUGAGACUGGCGAACAAAGGUUAACACUGGUCCACAGUGUAUCCCCACUGCAAUGUGAGUACUACUUCUACAGUCACCUCCAAAACUCAGAGCAUAUUUUAUAUCCCACAUUAUAGCUUGUACCCUGGGGAUCCUUUUAAUUUAUGCAGCAUCCUCAGUUUUGUUUUUUGUUUGAGCCUGUUU